AUGGUUUCAUCAUCUUGGUUAUCAAAAAGAGUUCACCUUUUAAGUCGUGGUCUUCAUGUGGCUUAGGGCAAUCAUCUUCUUUUUUGAUUAAUAGUUGUAUGGCCAGCCAUGGACCUUGGUUGGUUUUUGUGUUUUCUUUCCAGUUUGUAUGAACUAGAUAGUGAAAUUUAUUGUUUUGGAAACCACAUAUCUUAAAUCCGUUUCUUUUCACUUAAUUUAUCUUCUUGGUGGUAAUCAUCCACUUUGAUCAACAUUUUUAGAUAUGAAUGUCAUGUCACAAGAUCAUCUUUCUCAAUAAAAUUGAUAGAGGCAUUAGUAAAUCUUCCAGUGAGGAAUGCUGGAGUUGAAAAUCUAACAACUAAGCCUGAGUUUGAUGCAGGCAACUUACCAUAUUAUAUAGUAGUGUUAUUUUAGUUUGUUAAGUAAAAAAUUUAAUUGUAGGCUUUUGCUAGAACUUUUAUUAUGCUUGUUUUUAGAUUUAGAUUUAAUUUUUUCUUUAUUUUGUUUUCAAGAAAUUGUGGAGAGGUCUGUUAUUGGUUUAAAACAUACCAGGUGUCACAUGUCUAAAAAUGUUGGUAUUAUAGAGGAGAGAAAGGUUGUUAAUGCGUUGCUUAUUUGUUCUUAUCCUCUUUGUAAUGAACAUGUACUGAAUAAUGAAAAUGGGGUGCAUAAUUGGGGAAGGGAUAGGAGUAUUUCAAUUAUCUCUUUUGUAUCUUCAUAUCCAAGGGAAUCAUUUAGGUAAGUCUGUCCAUUCUUGAGGAGCCUGUAGAAUGGGCAUAAUUUUCAUAUUCAAGUGGGAUGGUUUUUGUCAUAUUGGUGAUUGAUGAAUUUGUUUCAGAAUUUUCCAGCCACUUUAUGUUUUUACCCUUGGUUGUGCGUGCAAUAGUGGAACUAAAAUUCUACCAUGACAUUCCUACUUAGUGUUUUUGUUUGCUGUUCUUUUACUUUAGCAAUCAUGUUGUUGAUCUCUUGAUCUCUUGGUUAGAUUGCUAAGUAUGCAGCUUAUUAUUCUAGAUUUGAGUGUACUCAAUGCUAGAGGUUAAAUGUGCUUUUGUUUCAUGUUUUGAAUAUUGUUUUGUAUACAACAUGUUUCUGCUUUGCAAUUACUCAAAGUAACUAGAGAAUUGUAUUUAUUUUGGUCAGGAAUCUCAAGAUUUACAGAAUCCUCAUAACAUGCUUGAAUGUAUGGCAUUGUUACAGGUCUAGUGCUAGAGUGCAAAGGGAAAUUAUUUGGUUGCUUGAAGAUGGAAGGUUAGACCACAAGUAUGCUAGAGUGUGGCACAUGUUUUGGAUGCCAGAGGCAGCUACUUGCAACACAGAAUGCCUGUGGAUUUUGGAUUUGGAAGGCCAUUAUGGGGAAGAAAUUAUGUUUGACUAAACAUGUAUGAUGGGUAUAUUGGACUGUUAAUUGCUGUCACAGUUGGUCUACUGGACUCAAGUGAAAAGAACAUGCCUCUCUCUUAUGUCUAUCAUGUUGGAAAUCUUUAGUCUGUCGAAAUAAGCAAUCACCCUCUCUACACUAUUGUUCUUCAAGUAACUAAGGUUGAUUUAGAACUU